UGUUCCACUUCAUGUUGCUGUUGAAAAAUGGCGGGAUGAGCAAUGAUUAUUUGGGCAUUCUGUGAUUUGGGAAUAGGCUGCCUACGGCAUACAUAGCCACAAAAAUAUGGAACAGGCAAAGAUUAUACUCGUAAGCUGAGAUCUUUCGAUUUGAACUAAUUUUUGCGCAAGCUGCUAGCUGAAGUGAAAGGAAGUCUCGGUCAAGCAGGCUCUGAGAGAAAUUAUGUCCUCGAUGCUAAAAACACAAUUUUUGUUUGCAUUGAAAUGCAGAAUAAUGCAGAGUUCCACCAAACUGUUCUGUUAUAGACUUUUUGUUUCAUGUGGACAGCAGUUAUACUGUGAAAGUGGUAAUCAAACCACCGAUACCUACGAAGUAAUUGACUACACCGUGUUCACCCCACCAAGGGGAAAGGAUGGAAGACUUACUAAUAGUAGAAUACCUAAAGAAGGCGAAUCAAACAGUUUUCCAAAGAAAUCUUUUGGGAAAGAACCAAAAUCUGAGAUUCCAACGAAAAAAGAAGUCAAAGAAUUUGUGAAGUGCCUUGCUUACUGCAAGACUACCUUUAAAGAACCUUUGAAAGAACUCAGCAUUUCUAACACUCAAGCUGAUGAGGCAUUUGAGGCAUUGAAAACAAAUCUUACCAUGGAAAUAAAGGGAGAUGAGAAUCUUGCUUAUCACAUCAAAAAUUUAGGCUCAAGCAAAGAUAAAGAAGAGGUUGCCUUUGAAUGCUUCAUCAACUAUAUCAAACAGAGAUACCCAGUAAAGGAGACACAGCCGGAGUUGGAAGCGGCAACUGAUCUUAGGAACAUUGCAAAUUGGUUUACCAUGGCUCGAAAAAUCAAGCGGAAGAUAAUAUUCCACGCAGGACCAACCAAUAGUGGCAAAACCUAUCACGCCCUUCGGAGGUUUGAAAGAUCGAAUACUGGUAUUUAUGGAGGUCCCUUGAGAAUGUUGGCUGCAGAGGUAUACACCAGGACCAACACGAAUGGUAUUCUUUGCGACAUGUUAACUGGUGAACAAAGACUUUAUGCUACAAGUGAAUUCCAACCAUCAGAUCAUGUUUCUUGCACUGUUGAAAUGUACAAAAUUGAUAAUGAAUAUGAUUGUGCUGUUAUUGAUGAAAUCCAGUUGCUUCGUGACAGAGAACGAGGAUGGGCAUGGACAAAUGCUUUUCUUGGUAUUCAGGCGAAAGAGGUACAUGUCUGUGGAGAGCCUGCAGCUGAAUUAGCUUUGAGGUCACUUGUCCGUGCAACAGGGGAUGAUUUAGAGAUACGAAGAUACCAAAGACUUACUCCACUUCACAUUCAAACAAAGAGCGUUGGAAGUCUAAAGGCAGUACGGCCGGGUGACUGUGUGGUUGCGUUCUCCCGGCAAAAGAUCUUUCAGAUUAAAGAUGAAAUCGAGAGAAAGACGAAAUUGAAGUGCUCAGUAAUUUAUGGUGGUCUGCCUCCUGCUAUCAGACUGGAGCAAGCAAGAAAAUUCAACGAUCCUCAGUUUGAGGAAUGUAUUUUGGUUGCUUCCGAUGCUAUUGGAAUGGGCCUCAAUCUGAGCAUUCGGAGGCUGAUAUUUCACUCCUUGCGAAAAUUCGAUGGAAAAAAGAUGAUACCAUUGCCACCUUACCAUGCCAAGCAGAUUGCCGGUAGAGCAGGCCGGUUUGGUACUGAUUUUCCAGAAGGAUUUGCCACCACGCUUCAUGCAAAAGAUUUAUUACCACUUCGUGAGAUGCUAAAUUUGCCCACUGAUGAUGUGGAGAAAGCUGGAUUGCGUCCAGGUUAUGAGCAAAUCGAUCUACUUUCACACAUCCUCCCAAAAGCAUCUUUAACUGAACUACUGACUGUCUUUGAGCAGUUUGCUAAACUUGAUGGUCGUUACUUUUUAUGUGAUAUUGAGCACACGAAGAGAAUGGCUCAAGAAAUCGAGCACAUACCAUUGACGUUGCAGCAGCAAUACCAUCUGGCAUCAGCAGCCACGGACAGAACAAAUAAAUCUCCUUUCAUAACCAGAGCAGUUAUAAAGAUAGCUAGGCUGUUCAGUGAAGGCAAAGCGAUUGGGCCUAAUCAAAUGAAAGAGAUUCUUAGAUGGCCCCUUAAAAGGCCACGUUCACCGGAUGAUCUUUUAGAUCUUGAAUCCAUCCACGACGUGUUUGACCUGUAUUUAUGGAUGAGUUACAAAUACGAGGCUAUUUUCAUCGAAAGAGAGGAUGUCAGAGAACUCCAAGUUGAGGUUGAAUUACUUAUUGAAAUGGGACUUGAUAGGCAUCCUCGUAAACAAAGCAAACAAAGCUGGAGAACGAAGCAGAAUCCUUUUAGGUAGCGAAAAGUUCACUUAGUUUUAUUCAAAUUCCGAGUCAUCUGUAAAUUUCAAAGAAAUUCUGAAUGGAAAUUUUAUUCUAGAGUUGAAAGUAUAAAAUUUUUAACAUUUUAUAUGAUAGUGUGAAAUUUCGAGAAAUUCUAUUGUCUUUUAUUUCAUUUUGAAUUCUCAUUUGCUGGAGUCUCGUUGCGAACACUGUUGCUGUAGGUUUGAUUCUACAACUUCGUUUUAUUAUUGGUCAGCAUUUAUGUCAUUAUUUUCUAUUUGAAAUAUCCACAUCAUGUAAUUUUUUAUUCCUAUUGGUUCCAAGAAGAUUUUAAAAUUCCAACUUCUCUAGUGUUUUUUAUUGGUCUAUUGGACGACUUAUCAUCAUAACAUUGAACUUUGGAGAAAACGGACGUUAAAACAGAAUUAAAAGAGCUUGCUUGUAUAUUAACUCUUGAAAGCGUAAGCGUAGUUGACACAGGGAUCCUAUCUGGCAAAAUUUAUCGCAAUUCCGGCUCAAUUCAGGCACUUUCAUCUCAAUGAAGCAAUACUAUGCGGGCACGAUCAAUGCUAAGCCCCCUUAUAAUCCGCUACGCCAAUGCAUAAAAAGUCAUCAUUGACUGUCUUGUUUGUAUGAGUUUUAUCUGAUAUUAAUUCUAAAUAUUGAUUUUAUAUUUUUGCAUCAAAGAGAAAAGUCAUUUUCAUGGCCGAUUUGGUAUAAAGUUUCACUAGAAUACCCACAAAACCCCGGGAAGCCCCUUUGGGCACCUGGUUGACGAGCCGUGGACAAGCCCCAGAGUUCUACUCUGAUCGUAAAAUCUAAAAUCUUCAUUGAUUCUUCUAACUGCAAUAUUUGCAACUAGCUCAUAAGCUAGGAAAUAAAAUACAUGGUUAUAUAAACAGCUCAAAAUACAGUGCAUAUAGAAAAAUUUUAAAUUAGGGUUUUUAACCAAAUUGAUUUUUGUUGUAUUUUCUCGGAUCUCAGCAGGCUUUCUAGUAAAUUGCUGAAUUUUUGUGUUUGACUUGAUGCACCUAAGUAUUAUUUUGCAUAAUGUUGAAGCCCCUAACCUUAUUAUUAAUGAAGCAGCCUGUUGCGUAAUCUAGCUUGCAAGAACACUUG